AUGUUCAAUGCGACCCUAGCCGAGUUAACGUCUUUAGAACAGCUUCUGAGUACGAUCAUGAAUGAGGAAGAUAUCAGCGAUGAAGUUAUCGCGAAGUUGUGGUCGGUUUAUUCUGUAUCCAAAAAGGAGAUUCUGAAAGCACAACGCCGUGAUGCUAUUAUUGUUUUAAGCAUGCUUGCGAAAGCAAAAAUAGAGAUUGUCCAGGAAAAGAUUGAUCUAUUGCUAAAAAUUGGACUAGGGUCUUUUGGAAAAACCAAUUUUUCUCUUGCUAAAUACACUUGCAUCACAUUGCAAUGUCUUGGUGGAAGUAAGACUAAAGUAAAAGGUUUGUUGAACAAUGAUUCGAUUCGGUUGCCCAUGUCCCAUCAAAUCUUUCAUCGAUUGAAACAGAUGAUUGAAAUUCAAACAAUUUCACAAGAAUGGUAA